AUGGCCACCAUGCCUUCCAAUCCAAUUAGUGUGCUGCAAUCCAGUGUGCCUGGUACGAUCAAGGCCCUUGGGUUGUCUUUUUCCCAUGCUGAUCUUAUGGCAAUGGGUUAUUUUGGUAGCGAUAACACCAUGCAGAACUCAUUUCCCCCUGCAUUCGGCUCAUCAGUGCCUUCAUUCACUGACACCAGCAACACUAUUGGGGGACACUAUGACCAAUAUGACAUGCACCCAUGGAAUCUCGCCAAUUCUCAUUCACAGGGGUGGGAGAUGCGUAGCCUGUCCUCCUUCUUGAGCUCUCUAAUCUCUGCUGAGCACAGCACCACGACCACAACUGAGCAGGAUGAGGCCCUUCCUCAGUUCACUUGUCAAUUGCCCAUUCUUCCAGCAGCAAAUGCUCCUUCUCCAAUUGAGGGCACACAGGAUCUUGCUAACACCACUGGUGCUGGUCUUGCUAAGUCAAAGCGCAAAUUGAAGUCGAAGCCCCCAGCUACCAAAGUCAAAUGCAAUCCCACUAUGGAGCCCACCCCCACCAUCGCACCCACAAACACUGCAAAACCCAAGGCCAAACCAAAAGCAAGACCUGUUGUGAAGUCUGGGGUGAUGAUGGAGACCCACACUGCUGUGGAUGAAGGCAAUACCUUGGUUCACUCGACUGCCCUCAAUACUACCACCGUGAAACAGAAUCCUGUAGCUCAAUGUGCAUCAAAACAAAUUCCAAUCAAAUCCAAGCAGAAUGAUGUUGCUGACGCCAUUGGGUCAGAUGGUCUGACAUUCGUUGGCAUUGGUAAGGAAAACCCAUCUGUUUUGGAGGAUGUUGGGGCAACACCCAAGUUGACAAAGUGUCCCACUAACUCGACCAUGGAGGGCGUGAUUCCUGCAAAAAAUCAGUUAGAUUGGUCACUGUGCUACCCAAAACACUGUUUCAAAACUGUGCAAGUGUCCAGGGGGAGUGGAGGGCAGUCAGUGCACCAGGAAAACAUCAAAUGCAGCUGCGGGCCUGCAAGAGGGAUUCGAGCACAGUGUAUGGUGUUUACAGCAACAGCAGGGCACAAAACAGAGCAAAAUCGCAAAACGGCAACUGAAUGGCAACAGUGGGCACAGGACAAUGCGCAAUGGGAGAUGGCAUGCGAGAACAUGAGGGCACAAGAAGGCAAGGGCAUGACAAGGCAGGGGUGGGUGGGAAUCGUGGGAUGCAUCAGAAAGACGGAGGGGAUGCAGCAGGUAGACAGAGGGGAGAUGCAUCACAAAGUGGAGGGGAUGCAUCAGAAAGCAGAGUGGAUGACUGGAGUAAAGGAGGACAUCAAUUUUUUGUCGCUUGCUUACUCCCCAGUCUACCUUCUCCAUCUCAACUCCCUGCAGCGGUUUGACGAGCAGACUGCUGCUUACAAACUGCCCGGUAAAAUUGGUGUCAAUCUUCUUGAUGUUGCUUGGAUGCAUGCUGGUAUGGAUCCAUUCAUGGCAGCAGUGACUAUCGAUAGCUUCACAGAUGACGUUUUUGAUGAAGCUAUUCGAGAGCACAAAGACAAGGCUCAAGAAGCACAAGAAUUCUGA